GUCUCUCGCUGUUCGCAUUCGCUGCUGAGCGCUCGUGCGGAGUAGAUCGUUGUUUUCGUUAGGUUGACCUCUUGUCGUCAUUCGCACAGGUCGCUGUUGUUGCCGAAUCAGGUUCUCGUGACCGGUAAAUUCAAGUUUUCGAUCGUCACCAUGAAUCGAGUGGUGUUGCUCAGUGCGGGCGUUUUAUUGCUGUUUUCGAUCGUUUCGACCCAUGCCAGACCGGAAGGCACUCCAUUAGCGGAGUACCCAUCAUCGCAAACGGCGGUUCCGGUUGAAGCGGAUGGAGUGAGUUCCACGGCCACAACCAGUACGACAGCUCCCGAGGAAAGUAAGGUUUCUAAAUUCUUCGACGAUGUGUCGUCAGCCUUCAAGCAUGGUACGGCGAAAGUGAAAGAGAGUUUCGAGAGUGCAGCGACAUCAGUGAAGGAUGGCGUUAUGCGAGGCUAUGAUUACGUCAAGGAUAAGUUCUCGAGCAACGGGGAUGCUGUGACGACACCGGGAAGUCCGGUGUCCUCAACAGCGGGAUCCGAUCAACCAACAUCGGCUGCUUCCGAGGCAAAAGCCGAUUCGGUAAAAUCAGUCGGAAGCAAUUCUGCAGCUCCAGCAGUCACAACGAAACCGGUUCGUGUGGAACCAAACGACGAAGAACCAGCUGAUGAUGAUCGAUUGAUUUUCAUUGGCGACGAAGAUACGGCCACUGAUUUGACCCCGAACACCACUCCUAAGACAUCCAAUACUACUUCAAAGUCAAACCUUGACGAUCGGUUCAUUCUGGACGGACCAGUGGCGUGCCCCAAGGGUCAGACUGCAGUGAACGGGAUAUGUCGAAACACGUUCUAAUGAUGUGGCCCAGUGCGGGCAGACGGGGCCCGAGAGACGGGAAGAAACAGUAAAGUGAUGUUGAAAUUGCACUCCUCCUCCGUCGGUCGUUGACGAUCGCUUGUCACGUCUCUCACGAUCCCGGGAAACGUCGUGUCCAGAUCAAGUGUGAUUUUUUAAUUUAAAAUUCCAUUGUCGAGUAAUUCGCCUCCGCGGAUAAAGUGUUUGUGUAACCUGUGAAAUAAAUUGAAUUUAUUCUAUUAAGCGUA